AUGCCUCAAUACCAGUCACGAGACGUCGGCGACCCGACCCAGAUCAAGAAGAACAAACAGUCCAUGGCCGAUCUCAAGCUACGGCGGCUGACGGAACUGAACAACCGCCUGCGCGAAGACCUCGAACGCGAACGAAUCCCGGUCAGCACGGCAGCCAAAAGCAUCAUCGCCUACUGCAACGGUACGAGGGAUUACAUGGUCCCCUCUGUCUGGGGCUCCGUACCAAAGGGCGAGGACCCUUACGCGCCCCAACAAUCGGGCGGAUGCUGCGUCGUCAUGUAA